AUGCCAAGUAGUUCAACCCUUGACAAAGAUGCACAAGAUGCACUGGUUUCCAAAAGUGCACGUGAGAUUCAACUCCGAAGCCAGAGAGAGGACAGUAUAGUGGUAUUUAACGUCCCGGAGAGCGAGCAGGAGGAGACUGAACUCAGAAUUGAAGAAGACCGAGAGAAGUUCAAACAAAUCUGUGAUGCCAUUGAUCAAAACGAGGUAACAUUUGGUAAAAUCAGGAGAACUGGCAGAAAAACCGAAGACUAUCCAAAGAAAAUGAUAGUAGAAAUAAAGGACAGUAAGGCAAAAAACCGUAUACUCAGGGCAAGUGGUGCCCUCAAGGAUCACCAAAACCCAGUGAUGAGGAAGAUCUUCAUGAAGAAGAACCAGACCCCAUUACAACAGAAGGAAGCCAAGGCAUACUACGAAAUGAUGAGAGCCAAGGAGAAAGAAGAGGAGAGGAGAUGUUAUGUCCCAGGGGACCACUCAGAGUGCAUGAAAUCUGCUUUCACCAAGGCAGACUUUGACAGUAUGAGGAGAGAGCAUGCGGACAUAGAAUGGGAUAAACAUAUCAGUAACCUGGAUACUAAAGAUACUUGGACCUUCAUAAAAGACAAAAUACUGGAGACGACAAAGAAGUAUGUGCCACUAAGACGACACAACCCAACAGCCAGACGAAAACCAUUGUGGUUAAACCCUAAAGCCCUAGCUAAGGUUAAAAAGAAAAGGGAAGCCUAUAAGAGGUAUCUAGAAACUAAGGAGGGUAAAGACUAUGAUAUGUAUGCUAGGCUAAGGAACCAGGUGAAGUGGGAGGUCAGAAAGGCAAAAAAGAAUCAUGAAAGGGAAAUUGCAGAAAAUGCUAAAAGAAACCCAAAAGCUUUCUAUCAAUAUGCCAGAUCAAAAAUGAAGACAAAGUGCGGAAUACCAAAUCUGACGAACAGAGAUGGAAACCAAACUGAAAAUGAUCAUGAAAAGGCAGAGGUUUUAAAUGAUUUCUUCACCAGUGUUUUCACCAUUGAGGAUAAAAGCAAUAUACCGCCCCCUGAUCUAGAGCCCAUGGACCCUAAUGAUAUAAAUCUAGAACUUUUCAUAACUCCAGCAGAGGUACGGAAAAAGCUUGAAGAACUCAAGGUAUCUAAAUCACCUGGACCAGAUGGCAUCCAUCCGAGGGUUCUAAAGGAACUUAGUAAUGAACUGGCAAUACCGCUAAGUUUACUUUUAAAUAAGUCAUUGAAUGAAGGAAAACUGCCGUCCGAUUGGAAGAAGGCACAGAUCACAGCCUUACAUAAAAAAGGAAACAUUAGGUCCGGGCUCAGUAUUAUGAGGCGAUCAACGCGGGCAUCUCGAAGUGAGGAGGGAAAUACGCCAACAGAAAGUGAAGAUGACCCUCCAGGGUUUGAAAAGAAGUAUAUCGAUAAAUCCAUCGGUGAGUAG